ACAACUCGAGUUCUUCUACCAAGUAUGCUAAUAAUGAUAUCAUAAUUAACUUCAUAACGAUCUUGUGGCAUGUCGAGAACUUGCGCACAUGAUAGUUCAAUUAUUUCGAUUGCAUGACGAGGCCUCGCGAGAAGGAUGUUUCUCUAUGAAAAGUUGAAGUGGGAUAAAUCCAAGCCAAUCGACCUUAACUAGAUAUACUACAAGUAAAAGGAAGUAGCAUCACUAGGAAAAACUACCAUAUACAAUAACCUUUUAUCUUUCAUUUAAUCUAAAUUCAAUUCCUGCUAUUUACUUUCUUCAUUCUAGCAAGUAAACAAAUAGCAUGAGGGGCACCUCAGCCCCACUUGGAAAAACUCGAAUCACUAGAUCUACAGUAUAGACAUUGUCGCAAGCCAAUGGAAUACGAUCCUAGAUAUUCGUUUAGGUUAAAUAAAUUACGUUUUGCGACAUACUAUAGCCAUAAAGUUUUGACUCCAUAGUCGGGGGCUCCAGGUUUCGAUUAAAAAGAUCUACCACUCGUGAUUCAUUCUAUCUUCCAUCCUUAGCCUUACUAUAUUCUAAACCUUACCUGCCUUCACUAAGUGCAUGGUUGGCCUAAACGAUUCUACUUUAUGAGCCCAUUUCUUUCAAAAGAAGGGCUCAAAGUUCAGAAGAUCACAAAACAACUAGCUACGCACUACAAAGGAGAUCCUAGUGAUUUUAGCUCACCCUUGUUCAAACUAAAACCUUAUCUCAAAUCCUUCCAUCCAAUGUCCAACUAGAAGGGUUAAAUAGAAACAGUCUCGAUACUUUUCCUACUUUGGGAAUCUACAAUCUAAUCAUGGGUGAUGAAAAUUUUGAUAAUGGUUCGGAAAAUAGGGAGAACCUACACACAUUAUCCGGAUACAUGCCACCUAAGGCCUCGUAUGUGUUCAACAUCGUUUCACCUCCUGCCACAAUCGAGCUAUGUACUUUUGUGAUCCAAAUGAUACAACAAGUCGGGCAUUUUCCCGAAAGAGAUAAUGAUAAUCCCGUUAAGCAUGUUAAGACCUUCUUUGAGAUUUGUGACUCCAGGUUCAUGUUGACAGUAACCAGCAAACCGUAGAGACCAUGAUCAAUUUCAUGUUGUUGACUGCCCUUCUGCGAACAACUGCAUUCUUGGACGCCCUUUUCUCCAUCAAGUUCGGGCUAUACACUCAACUCUGCACUUAAAAUUAAAGUUCCCAACUAUUGUCGGAGUUGAGUGUGUGAAGUGAGAUCAAGCUCUUGCAUGACAAUGUUGUGAGUUCUCCCUUAAAGAUGGCUUUGUAACCACGAUGGAAGCCAGAGAUGAGGUCCCUAGACCCGUUCUUGUCGACUCCGAUGAAGAACAUACAUUAUAAGAAGAGCGAAUCGUUCGUGUAUCCACGGCCUGGCCUAAAGAUUAUCUCCCACAAAUUCUCUGUUUAAUGAUCGAAUAGAAUGAGCUCUUUGCUCAAGGACCCGAGGAUAUAUGCAUGGUCUCAAUUCAAGAUUUGUCGAGCAUGCACUAGGGAUCGUCCCAGGUAGCAAGCUUUUCCAGCAAAAAGAAGGAACUUUGUCUGGGAACGUCGCCAAACCAUAGUAGAGGAAAUAAUCAAGCAGGGACAAGCCGACUUCAUCAACGAGGUUCUCUACCCGACAUGGUUAGCUAACGUGGUCAUGGUGGAAGAAGGCCAACGACCAAUGAUCCAUUUUUUCCCCCCACCGAAUCAGAAUCAAAACGAAUCAACCGAUGGAUUGACCCCUCAACCUUAGCGACAAUUAAUCACAUAUAGCAGUUUUGAUAAAUACCAUCUAUCAGUUUUGGUCCUUGGUCGAGUGAGUUGGCCAAGUUGGGUGUGGUCAUAUUGGACAGCACCUAAUAGCCUCCUCCUCUCUUCUCUUCUCUUCUGGCACUCUGCCACCUUCUUCUGCUGCUCCAUUCCUCGUGGGUUACCCCACUCCACAACGCAGCUUUUCUCUUUCUUUUUCUUCUCUCUCUCUAUUUUAUCCUCCGCCCUCCUCCUCUCUUCCUCAUCAUUCUUUCCUGUCAAUGUUUCUUUAUUUUUCCUCCUAAUAUAUAUAUAUAUAUAUAAUAAUAACAAGAAGCCAACUAAUACAUUUCACAUUCCAUUUUUAAACAAUUAUAUUCCCAAUUAAAAUUACGCCAACUUUUCCAUAGCAUUUGCUGUAGUUUCCCAUUUCUUUAAUAUUAAUAAUGGUCUUCUCCUCGUCUUCCUCCUCCCUCCUCCUGCUGCUUUUCAUUGCUGUCUUCUUCUUUUCUUUUUUAUUUGUUUGGAGCACUUCUCUCCUCUUCUUCUCUCUCUCUCUCUCUCUCUGGCAGUCUUUGCUGUCUCGUAUAUUUCCAGUCCUCUGUUCCUUUUAUCUUCCCCUACAGGCUUUCAACCAUUAAUGAUUUUUCUUUUUUAAUUCGUUGAGGAAUCUGAGGAGUUGUCGUCGUGGGUUGUAAAAAACCAACAACAACAAAAAAGAAAGUGGCAGUUAUCUAAUCAAAAAACCCUUUUUCUACAAAACCAGCCAGCCAGCCAGCAUUCCAUUCCCUUCCUGCAACAGCAUCAACCACCAAGAAGAAAGACACAGAGAGCGCUUCUGGGUUGGUUUGACUGUUUGAUGCGAAUACCCCUCGCCAUAGUCAAAACCCUCAAACGGCUCCUUCAGUUUCUUGUUCCUUUUUGGGUUUCUUUGGAUUCCUCUCUGUUCUCUAUAUUUGGUGUCUGAGAAAAAGGGUUGUCACAUUUUCAUUCCCUGUGGGGGCUGGUUGCUUUUCUUUCCCUCCUCCUCCCUCUUUUUUUAAUUGAAGAUAGAUUGGAGGGGGAAGAAGAAGAAGAAUUUGGUUGAUAGAUAGCAGUGGUGAUCAUGUCGCAGCAAAGGCAAUUCCAUCACCAGAUGAGUGGGCAUUACUACAGCAAUGCGAAUGACACCACUCUGACGAAGCUGUUCGUUGGAGGUUUGGCUUGGGAGACGCAGAGGGAGACCAUGAGGCGUUACUUUGAGCAGUUUGGGGAGAUCAUUGAAGCCGUCGUGAUCACGGACAAAAACACUGGCAGAUCCAAGGGCUAUGGCUUUGUAACGUUCAAGGAUCCAGAGUCGGCGAUGAGAGCUUGUCAAAACCCUUCCCCUGUAAUCGAUGGAAGGAGGGCAAACUGCAAUCUUGCCUCACUUGGCGCCACAAAAACCCGCCCUUCAAUCCCUUCUCAACAUGGAGGAGGAGGAGGUGGGCGGUUUAGAGGAGCAGAAGCUGGAUUGGUGGCUGCUGCACCACCAACUGCUGCUGCUGCUGCAUUUCAGCCUUCUUCAGCUGCUGCUUCAUACAUCCCUCAACCCUCCGGUCAAUACACAUUUCCUUAUUCAGCUUACGGGUACGCUGCCGCAACCACCGGAUACCCACAAGAAACGGCGGCGGCUCUGUAUCAUCAUCCCAUGAGCUAUUAUGGGGUUUAUGGAGGGCAUCAUCAGCAACAUGUGUCGCCUUAUUACGCGGCGGCGGCAGCUGGGGGUUCUGCGGGUGGAGCAGCUGGCGGGAUGGCAUUCCACAACUUCUACCCAUUCUACCCUGCUCAGUAUGCACAACAUAGCAGCGGCGGCGGCAGCAGUGGUCAAGUUCAUGGAUUUGGAGGAGGAGCUGGUGUCCAGUACACUCCACCAGCUCAAGUUGUACAGUAUACACCGUAUUUUCCUCAUCAGCAGCAGCACUAUCCCUCUUCAGGGAUUUUGUCAUUGCCUGUAGCUACUACUACUGCUGCUUCCCCUAUUGCCACCACAGCUGCAGUUGCAACAACAGUUCCUUCAGCGACAACUGUGGCACAAGCAGCAUCAACAACAGCAUCAGCAACUUCCACCGUGACCACAGUGGCAGCUGCUGCCAGGCCAACGACGACGACAGCAGCAGCAGCAGCUUCUGCUGAUCAAAAUUCAUCACCAACCAAAUGAGUUACUUUACAAGAAUGCUAAACAACAUCAGGUACAAUGGUGAAGCAAAUCUGAGGGAGGGACGAGACUUGACGAAUAAGGAAAUGGAUCCUUUAUUUUUUUUUCCAUGCCAAUGAUUCAGCAAAAACACAGGAGAAGCUGAUAAGGAGUCUAGGUGUAUAACAACAGAAGUAGGGGGGUGAGGAAGGGAAUCCAAGGAAGGCACCUGUAUGAAUCAGCAGCUGCAGCAGCAGGACCAAAAGCACAUAUAUCUUGUUCUUCUUCAUCAUUCCACGGAGGAUAUGGAGAAAUGCAAGGAGCACAAAGCUCACCAGCGUCUCCACUGGCCCCCCAUGCCUCCUUCCAAUUGAACUCUGCUGCAAUUGGAAGGACCUCCACCAACACCAAAGAUUCGUAUUUCAUCAUCAUUAUCACCGGUCAUUAAUCAUUUGUAGGAGGGGGUUUACUCUAGGGUAGCUGUUUAGGAUUAGCAUAAGGUGAAAAUCACAUUCAAUUUCUUCUUUCUUUUUUCUAGCAUAAAGGUGGAAACCAAGAUUGGGCAUUGGAUUCCACCUGAUGGGACAAACUAAUAUUUAUCAGCAGCAAGAUUGGAGGGGAAAAGCUGCUUGAUUGAUUUGGUUACUUGUAUGCCUUUGGGAUGCAGAAAGCGGCCAAUGGCAUAUAAGUGUUCAUAUUUUCAUUUGUCUUUCUGUUAAAAAAAAACAUAACUUCUCCUGGGUUUCAAGAUUUGUUUUGUAUCUUUGUAACCCAUUUGCAUCAGAGGUCAACUAAGUAAGAAGGGACUGGGCUUACGGUAAGCUCAUCAUCCAUUUUAACUUUGUUUUUUUUUUUUUCAUAAUUCGAAUUGGAUACCCUUUCUUUGCAAUGCAUUGUAUUAUUACUGAUCAGAUUAGUUGGAAGAGAUUCAACCAGAAGGUGAAAAAAGCAGUAAAGGGUACCCUUUUUUCUUGUUUAAGCAGACAAUCAAUCAUCCCCUUCCUUCCGGAUCAUUAGCCUUUUUCAUCUUUCGCUUUCAGUAGUAGGGCUGGCCAUGAAUCAUUCAAAAACCCUUUUUCUACUUUUACCCAUUCCAUACUAUAAUAGAUCCUACUGAGAUGGAAUCCGAGGGGAUCCCACAGAUUGGAGUCAAAGAGACUAACUUUACAAAAAAAAAAAAAAAAGGGUUUCUAUUGUUUACCCCUUCUGUUGCUUUUUUUUAACCUCUCAGAGCAUGCGGAUAGCUUGCUGCUGGUACACAUCACAUGCUUCUGUCAAAAAGCGUGUGAAGAGAGUUUCAAUGGCGAACGAGGAGGAUGAUGAUGAUGAUGGCCAUAUGGGAUGGAGGAAGAAAGGAAGGAAGUGAGGGAAGUGAAAUCCAACAGUGUAGCAUGAUUGGUCUCCUCCCAUGGCUGGCAAUGGCAUCUUCUCUCGAAAUAUUCAUGUUUCGAAAAAGCGGCAGAUGGCUUUCUCCUUUUAUCCAUUUCACAUCCCAUUUCUCACACUUGUCUACUGCUACUACUAGCUACUGCUACUACCAUUUGUCACCUCGAACCUCAUCCGGAUCCAAUCAUGGUCCUCAAAACAAACAAGAAUCCAGGGAUUGGGGUUUGCAACUUCGUUUUCAGUAGAGAGACAAUACAAAAUACAAUACGAC